AUGGUUGCGAUGGAUGAAACACGUGGCUCGCGAACCGCCUUACGGUGGACCAUAGGCCACGUGGCUUCAGAGGGCGAAGACACGGUGCUGCUGCUGUGUGUACAGGACCCGUCCGUGCAGCCAGUGGCCGUGACUCCUCAGCUCCUGGACAGUCUCAUGGAACGCUCACGUCAGAUGUGCCAAGAAACGGGCAAGCAGGUGCAGUGCGAGGGAGUGUUUGCGGAAGGCGAUGUGCGGGAGAAGAUUGUGUCUAUGUGCGCGGACAGGGAUGUGGACCUUCUUGUGCUCGGUAGCCGCCGCCAACUCUCCUCCCACCGCAUGUUGACAGGCAGCCGGGGCAACUACUGCGCAGUGUGUGCGCCGUGCCCGGUGAUGGUGGUGCGCAUGGCGCCAGAGGAGGAGCAGGUGCGCCUGCAGUGCAACCGCCCGCGCCGCAUCGCCGUGGGGCUGGACAGGAGCGAGGCGAGUGGCGAGGCGUGCAAGUGGGUGCUGCACCACGUGUGCCGCACAGAGGACCGCCUCUACUUGCUGCAUGCCGACCGAGAACCCAGCUAUGCCAUGCAAGACCGCAUGCUAGCAGCUGAUGGGAAAAAGGCAAAUGACACGGCGAUGCGACCACACUUUGAUGCUCUCAUUUCCCUCGCGCUGCAAACAAAGGGGGCAGCAUUUGAGGUGUUCACUCAUGUCCUAGAGGGCGAUCCUCGCCCGUUACUGGUGGACUUCUGCGAGCGCAAUCAUAUCGAUUUGCUGGUUGUUGCAACAAGAGGAACAGGCUCAGUUCGCGGGGUUGUUCUUGGAAAUCCUAAGAUUCACCCAGAAGCGUACGAGUUUGGAAGCGUUUUUGACGACUCCUUUCACUCGCCGUCCUCGAAUCCGGCAAAGAAUGGCGUCAACAUCGCACGGAAGGCGCUCGUCACGAAAUGGGGUCUUCCCUGGGCCUCUGGCAACGCCGACGCAAAACGCAUGGAUCUCGACACGGGUGGCGGUAUUGCUCAUUGCGCUGAGCACAAUGACAUGCGGGGAUCUGAAGGCACGCCGCAUUCAAAGGACAGUCCCAUUUUCAUGGCGCCAAGCUUCUUAACCGACGCCGGAAGCAUCCGCGUUCUGCAGUCCAAGUCGUCGCUUGCUUCAGCUGGACGCGCGGGAAUGAUAGACGGCGAGAUUCAGCGGCUCAUUCGGGAUAAGCGGUUGGAGGAUCCCUUUUACGUGAUGGACAUCGGGGAAAUCAUCCGCCUGUUUACGGGAUGGUCGAACGCCUUUCCUCGGGUUCAUCCAUUCUACGCGGUGAAGUGCAACCCAUCGCCGGUGCUCCUCUCCGUGCUUGCCGCUUUAGGAGCGGGAUUCGACUGCGCGAGCAAGGCCGAGAUUUCUCAGGUUCUGAGCAUGGGUGUGUCGCCUGAUAACAUCGUCUUCGCCAACCCCUGCAAGAUGCCGUCGCACAUCACCUACGCCUCGCGAGUGGGUGUUCGUGCGACGACGUUCGACUCUGAAUCCGAGCUUCUUAAGGUGCAUGCGUUGAAUCCGUCUGCGGUGGUGCUGCUCCGGUUGCAAGCCAACGACACCACGGCUCGCUGCAACCUCGGUGUCAAGUACGGUGCGCUCAUGCACGAGGUGCCUUCCCUCCUCGCUGUCGCGGCGCGCCUUAAGCUCCACGUGGCGGGAGUGUCAUUCCACGUCGGUAGCGGCGCAGCCGAUCCCGCUGCCUUCACCCGCGCCAUCGCCGCGGCGCGCGACGUGUUCGACAUGGCUGCUGACGUGGCACGAGCGGCCGGCACGCCUGCCAUGUCGGUGCUCGACGUGGGUGGCGGGUUUACGGCGCCUGGGACAGGGUGCUCUGGCGGAAUGGCUUUCGACGCGGCGGCCAAUGCGAUCAACUCGGCGCUCGACCGCUUCUUCCCGGCAGCCAGCGGAGUGACGGUGAUCGCGGAGCCUGGCAGGUACUUCGCCGAGACGCCCUCCACGCUCGCGACGUGCGUCUUCGGCCGCCGCGUCCGCGGCGAGCGGCGCGAGUACUGGAUCAACGACGGGCUGUACGGCUCGAUGAACUGUGCGCUCUACGACCACGCGACUGUGCGCGCGCACCCGCUUGCGCGCGCAUCCGCCGUUCCCGACGAAACUUCCGCCAACGGCGGACUCGAUGGCGGAGAGGUUGAGGUUAUCGACGUAUGCGGCGGAGGCGGCGGAGUUGAGAAGGCGGAAGAUGGGGAGGGCUUGCCUCCGGAGGCAGAGUGCGGGGGGAAGCGCAGGAAGGGCGGCGGAGGCGCGGGAGCUUUGCGCGGGGUGAGCGGAGCGACCUUCCCGUCGACGGUGUUUGGUCCUACAUGCGACGGGUUGGAUAUGGUUCUGCGCGACGAGGCGCUGCCUGAGCUGGCGAUCGGUGAUUGGCUGGUGUUUCCAAACAUGGGCGCGUACACUGCGGCGGCGGGGUCCAGCUUUAACGGGUUCGCGACUGGGGAGAUUAAGACGUAUUUGGUGUUCACCGUGGGAGGAGAGGAGGAGCACGGCGGAAAGACAGGCCUGGCGGCGUCAGGGGUGAACGGCGGAAGCGGAAGCGGAACGUUCGAGGGGAUGAGCAUGUGCGAGAUGCUGGGAGGGGAUUGCAGUGGCAUGGGGGAGGUAGCGGGAGAGGCGGGGAUGUACCUGACGCGAUCGGCGUCAGAGGAGAUGCUGCACACGCCACGAAGCUCUGGCGGAGGCAGCAGCGACCGGGGGAGUCUGGGCGGCGUGUGCGACGCGGCAGGCAGUGAGAGCAUCUGA